AACAAACAACAAUGGCUUCAUUGAAACGAGAGAUGCGAUUUUUAGUUAAUGUUCAGGCCAUCCCGGCCAUAGAAGAAUACAUAUUUCAAAUUAAAGAGGAGGACUGGAUGGACCUCAACUUUUUGGACCAGGAUGAGAGUGUCACAGAGAGGACAAGAUACCUGAUCAGAUUUUUGACGGAGGUUUUCUCAGAUUUUGUAAAGGACGCUCUUGAGAACCUGGCCUACGGAUAUGGCGAUUUAAAAGUUAUAUUUGGAAGCCAGGUCUCUCAGGCCUUUGCCCGGGCGAUGGGAGAAGACACAAUCAUCCAUGGAGAGUGUGCUGCAGUGUUCGACAUGCUUUUCUUGAAGCAUGCGAUAUCUGCAGUCACAUCUCCCAUGGAUGAUGAAGACCCGGUGUCACUUCUUCGGCCGGGCUUAGGACUCAGUUCUUUGGUGCGAGCUGUCAUCAGUAUCGUUCACGAACUGAUGACAGCGAGACGCGCCAAGGGACUGAGGGCGUCCUUAGAGGAGCAGAGAAAGGACACAGUGCGACUUUUUGUGAAGUCGUUGCUGUGUCUGGGCAUCAGGGAGUCCAAGACACGGCGGUGUUUUGACUCCCUGAUGGAGGUACAGGAGCGUAUGGUGAACAACAUCUACACUGCCAUCGAGGGCCAUCCGGUGGAAAUCCAGGUUGACUGGGUCCCUAGCCUGACGAAAAAGGUUUUCAGGGACCUCAGGAAAACCUUUGGCUGUUCUGCCGGAUGGGCUCUGGGCUUCAUGGAGCACGAGGCCGCUGACGACACAAUCGUGGUGUGUCUUUUGAACCAAUUAGAAAAGCACCAACAAAAGACAGCUGGUUUUUUCACAAGACUUAUAUCUGGUGCUCAAAACAUCUUUAAAAGGUAUCGCAUCGCCUCUCUGUUCCAUCGGCCACCCAGUUCCUCCGUCGACCUCUCCCUCAAGACGACUCUCCGUGCCUUCAUCGGUCCCGACCCCAAGAAGCCUCCAUGUUCGAUUCUGGGAUGCACAGUUUGUAGCCCUGUUGCCUUGCAGCAAGAAGGUCCUGGCUUCAAUUCUUGGCCCGGGGUCUUUCUGUAUGGAGUUUUCAUCAUCUCCCUGUGCAUGAUCACCAACAUGGAAGAUGAUCCUAACUGGUACACAGCUGAGCUCCACAACAGGAAAGGCUUUGUGCCAAAAAACUACAUCAACCUGAGGCCACAUGCAUGGUUCGCAGGGCGAAUAUCUCGCGGCGUGGCGGAGAGUCGGCUGAGACACAGAGAGUGUGGAGCCUUCCUCGUCAGGGAAAGUGAAAGCGCUCCUGGAGAGUUUUCAAUGUCUGUCAGUUACGGGGACCACGUCCAGCAUUUCAAGGUGCUGCAGGACCGCUGCAGUCAGUACUACGUGUGGGACGAGGCCUUCUCCUCCCUCAACGAGCUGGUGGAGUUUUACCACAGCAACAGCAUCGCUAAAGAGAGGACGGUGUUUCUGAGAGACCCCGAGCAAUUCGCCAGGCGUCCCCAUCACGCCCAUGCUCUCUUCGACUUCAACCCCCACCACCCGUCGCAGUUGCGCUUCGUGCGUGGAGACCUCAUCGAACUCGUCGACUGCUCUGACUCGGUACGUUGGAGGGGUCGCUGUCACGGACGACUGGGCUACUUCCCCCCCGAGUAUGUCCAGCCCAUUUAUCAAUACCAGUGACCCCAUAUGAUGACAAGGACACGGCCAUUACCCGAGGGUUCGUCCACCGGGCAUCGGGACCCCAAACUUCCGCCCCGUGAAAAACAAACGCUGCUCUCCUUCUCUACGGCUUCUCACUGACCUCUGGAGUGAACGACUGACUGAGGCUUUAAUAAACUGAUUCCUCUUAUGUCCAUGUCAUCUCAGCUUUCACUCUCCUCCGCUUGAUAAAAGCGACAGUCAAAAACACACAUGAUCCCAGGCGUUAUUAUUUCUUUAUCUGUACAAGAGCUGGUGAACCCUUGCUGAGAUGACAAGUGAAGACCCCGAGGAAGUUUGUCCCUCUGCAGUAUCCUUCAGAAGGACCGCCAGUGAAGAGCAGAAACUCUGAGGUUGAUUAUUUGUAAGGAACAUCUGGAGAUGACGACAAACAAACCUGUCGAAUUCAAAGGCCAUUAUGUGAGAAUAUUGUCUGUUGCAGGGAGUUUAGAUGGAAAUCUGACUGAGUUUGGACUUGUUGCUUGUGUGUGGGUGUGUAUGGUAUGUCGUUGCAGAGAGCUGAUUAUGAACCACUAAGGGAAGUCCCCCAUAGUGCAGUGAGGACUCGGUUAUGAUACAGUAUUGAAAAUACACUGCUUAAAAUGUAACGAGCUCAUUUUGUUCACCGUCCAUUUCUUUACAUGUAUUUAUUCCUAUUCAUAUGUAAUCUAUAAAAAGCAUAUAUUGUAAAUAUUUGACAUUUACAAUAUGAACUUGGUCUGGUCUUCCAUUACAUGUUAUAAGAAAUCAAUUAAACAAACUUUGAACCUGG